CGAAAGUUUUCCUUCGCUUGGUCGUCGGUGGAAAAUUGUUAAUAAGUGUUGAUUUUUCCUUUCUGGGAGGAAAUUAUUGGUUAUUUUUCAUUGGUGCAUUGUGUGUUGCGAAAAUCGAAAAUUUGUCCCGUUCUAUGUGCGUCAUCAUGCGUUUUCCUAGAAUAAUUAAUGAAUAGGGAAUCAAAAUAAAAUCGAUAAAAUCAAAAAUUUAAAAAGGAUAGUGCAGAGUGUUUGAAAUGUGGGUGUUCAACGAUUUUGGAUGAUGUUCAGCUACUUCCAACGAACCUUGAGAAAGUUAAAGUGAAGUGCAAUUUUCGCCUAGGUGAAGGUGAAAAACGAAAAAAGUGACUCGCGAAAAUUAAUCAGGAAGUCAAGAUUUUACUGCAGUCAAAUAACGAAUUCGUUAGUUUCGGAUACACUCGCCUGAGCUAGAUGAUAUCUUGAAUUAUGAGUGUGGAGGUUAACCCAAGUGAUGUACUCGCUAAAUCGUAUUAACAGUAAUCCAUAAAAGUCUUCUAAUCGAAUAUAUUAAAAAUGUUGGUGUCAAAAAUAAACCAAAGCAUAAAAAUGAAUAAAAGUUAAUAAAUUCGUCCUCCCAUCGGCGUGACAAAUUUGCAUAAAAUCCAGUGAAAUCGAUAACUCAUCCAACGGAAUAGUGCAAUUCAAGAAUAUGUGAUUUCCCCAAUAAAACCGCCACCAAAACGGACUCGCACGCCGGAUAUUACACGACUUGCAAUUUUAUCUCUGCAUAUAUCGACCAUAUAAUGACUUGCACGAUGACUCGUCCUUCCACCUACUCGCUCGCGCCCCACCUCACCGGCUAGCCUCCUUCGAGUCACCGUCGGUUGCCUAUCUCAACCGCCCACCCCUAGUGAUAUCCUUGAAUUUUAUAUGGUAAAUUUAUGAUAUGGAAAUAUGAUGGAAACCCUAGUGAACUUAAGUCCAGGCCUGCUGUUCCUUGUCAAGCGACGUUCAACGAGCAAGCGUAGGAGCCGUGGUAGUGGCUCGUGCUAGGUGAAUGUUUCCCAUUUGUCCUGUGCAGAUACUCGGUCUAUACAUUUACCCGAAGCAAUGUGACUUUGGACAAAUUUAUUGCAACAACAUCAUCUUAAAUAUUGUCGUCUCACCGCGUCUCUCGUCACCGGAAUCAUUUCUAAAGGACUAACAACGUAGAGGAUUUGUCGCAAGAACAACGUGAAAAGAACUCUAACGAGUUGCGGAUAAUAUUAUGGGAGAUUUACAAGCAACCGUCGAGUUUUAUGUCGAAUUGUAUAAAUUUUACAAUGUUGACUUAUUCCAGAGAGGAUUCUACCAAGUGCGAUGCUCUCUUCGCGUUGCCCCACGCCUACCAGUACAAGUUGAGACCUGUAUCCCCGAUCCGCAACAGUAUCCCCUGCAGCCAAGUAAUCAACAACAAUCCCAACAAACGCAACAUCAUCAACAAUCCCAACAGCAACAGCAACAAAACCAACAACAGUCAGAACAGCAGCAGCAACAGCAACACCAAGGAAAUUUCGUCCCAAGUUCCGCAUGCAUCGUUGGCGGAUGCGGGGCGUCACGCGUUUUUCAGAUUCUUUAUCGUAAUGAGGAAGUCAAUUUGCGUGACGUGAUUUUAUUUCGGGCACAUCUUCUCGUGGAUAGUCGUCACUUAAAGGAGUCAAUUGAGCGUGCCGAAUUCUCAUUAAAUUUAGAACUUUGGUUUGCCGAGCAGCCAGGUCAAAGUCUAUCUCUAGCAUCAUCGCGAAUUUUACAGUUGAAUUUCCAUCCAGGACGAGGACUUCACUAUCAUUUACCUGUGCUCUUUGACUAUUUUCAUUUGGCAGCAAUUAGCCUAGGAAUUCAUGCCAGUCUAGUGGCUCUGCAUCAACCCUAUAUCAACGCUCCGCGUAGCACGAAACCAUGGAUUGGAAGUGGGAAGUUGAGUUGCCGAGGAAGCAUGUCUCCGGGACCCUUGGAGGCAGUGUUUUUCGGACCCCAGGUUGGAGCUAGCGCAAAAUGUGGUGGAGGUGCGGCAGGAAGGGUCCUCCAUGCUCGACAUGUCCAUCGAGAAAUUUGUGCCUUGCUUCUGGGAGCAGUCGAGUCUCUUAAGCUAAAUCUUAUUGAGUUCAGCACAGUAUUGCCGGCCCAAUGGAGCACAAUCAUCAACUCACCAACACCACAUGAAAAUGAGACAGCAGAAAGGUUGCAAAAGCUCACGGAUCAGGCAAAGCUUCACGAUACUGAAGACGACUUCGCUGCACGUGCCAAUUCCGAUAUCGCUCAACUUUGUGCCGAAUCUAUAAUGUAUUGGCGUCGAAUAAUUUCGGUGUCUUCACAACCAGCUAUCCAUGGACUGCUUGCCAAAAAACAUCAUAUCCUACGUGUCAGAAGAUUUGCUGAAGGUUUUUUUGUUAUGGAGAAUCCUAGACACUCGGCGGCUGGCUGCUAUGACAACAAUUAUCAAAGCUAUGUGGCAGUAUGUGAAAUGGCGCGCAGAAGUCGUUACCUCCAGUCACUGCCUCCUUUGCCAGUACACUGUACCCCUCUCGACGGUGAUUCGAACUCUUUGCCACUUAUAUUCGAAGAUCGCUAUCAGGAUCCACCAAAAUAUUCCCGCAGAAGAAUUGGCAGUGAUCCACAUUUGAACGGAUAUGAUCCUACUGUGACAAAGCCAGUUUUACCAAAAAAUGGAAAGAUCGCUGGUAUGUCAACCACCGGCAACAGAAAAGAAUGUUCCUGCGGCAUUAGCUACGAAUAUAAAAGACCACCUCCAUUGGGCAAUUAUCUAGGAGUUAUGACUCCAAGGUUUGCCUUAGGAGGGGAGAUUUUGCAAGCAAGUUUAACUAUCACUCCUGCUGCAACUCAUAACAUGAACGAAAGAACUCUAUCGAGACAUUCAGUGUCCACUCUACUAGAAGCAGGGGAGUGUCCUUUAGAUCACAGAAGCGCUUUUUAUACAGCUGGGGGAGGGACACUUCCAACUAGACAUAGCAAAUCUCUUGACCAGCUUGAAACAGCUUUGGUUCCUGUACAACACCAGUCGCCCAACUAUUUAAACGGUUCCGUACAAUACCAUCUCAAUGGAAAUGCUUACUCUCCCAUUACUCCUCAAAACACUCUUGUGAGAAGAGGAAAAGUUCAAGCUGAUGACCUUCUUAGGAACAUUAACGAAUUCCGUGAAAAAUAUAAAAAUCCAGCCGAUCCAAGCAGAAGAUUUCGUCAAAAUAAUAACUUAAUCAAUGGAAACGAUAACUUCUACAGUCAAAAACCUAUAAACUUCGGAGGAACUCUAAAUAGACCGAUUGAUUCGAAUGACCAACAAAAGCAACUAAAAAGAGACUAUCUCCACGCAAUGAAGCCUCAAAAUCAAAAGCAACAAAGCAGCGUAUACUACAACUCGCUACCCAAAGGGACAGUAAUGGGCGUUCCUCCUAGAAAUUCCUAUCCUCCAGUGAGAAGUAAAAAGCAAUCACCUUUCUGUUCAGGCAAUAUUAAUUCCCAACAAUCAACUGGAAUUCCACGUAGCAAUUCCUCUCAGACACUAAGAAAUAUCUCCCAAGGAGGAAUACCACGCGCUGUAGAAAUAGCUCGGGUUCGCGUAUCAGACCUAAAAGAAAUGAUGAAAAACGGGACACUCAACAAAGACUCGAGCAGCUCUGAAAGUGACAUCCCAAUGUCUAAAGCACAAGCGGCCAAAGAAAAACGGUUGCUCUCGUCGGCAAGUGUUCCUUUCAAACUCGAAUCUCUUGAUUCUGACCAAAAUCCAGGAUUCAGUGAAAGUUUACCAAAUUUAGCACCACCUCCUCAAUUCGUCACCUCACCCAUCUCCAAAAGAAAAACAAGCAGUAGCUCUACGUCUUCACUCAGCGAGCAAAGUGGGUGGGUAUCAAGCCACAGAAGCUCAGGCCCAUCUAGCCCUGAAACACUCAAAGAAGAGCAAAAUGCACAACAGCAGAAAAUGGUUAAUGGGGAACAGUUAAGAAAAAAACUACUAAAACUGCUUGAUGAACAAUCAAAACAGACAACUUUAGAGAAACCCAACCGUCUCACAAAUGGUCCGCAAAAAUUGAUAAGCAAAAACGGAGACGUUCCAGUACAUAGAAAAGUUUCUUCAGUAACGAUACGACCUGGUCGACCAGAACGAAUUCAAAACUCCCAAAAGCAGCGCGCUAUGGAAGAUGAAUGGAUUGAAACUCCACCUGUUCAGAACGGCCUCCAUCCAUAUAUAAGAAAAGAAAUACAACACCUUCAGAAAUCUGAUCUGGACCAAAUGCAAACAAAGCCUCAAAAGACGAAGAAAACCCGUAAACCUGCUGAGAAAUCGAAAUCCGACUUUGAUCUAACCAAUAUUAUAGACAACCCUUUUGAAAAUCUUCACCUUCCUCCCCCGAAGCAAUUUCAAGAUGAUCUUCUGCCACCAGACGAAUUCCGGGAUCCGCCUUCAUCAACUAAAGUGUAUGACACGCCCACUUUCAAACCCAUACCAAUUCGAGAACCUAUUGGAGCCAUAGAUAAUCCAGUCUACCACGUCUACGAAGCGUUGAGACCUCAUCUCCUGGAAAAUAACAACAAGCCAGUGCUAAAGUCACAAAGUAGCACAGAACUAACAGGAAGCUUGGAAAAUGGUAUGACCAGCAACCAAUCCGAAAAUCAGGAUGACGAAAACGAUCGUGAUAGCUACAAUCCCUCCGUAAAUAUAAAAUUCAAUGGAAUCUCCGAACAACGUCCCUACAAACACUCAAAACGAAAAAACCAGGAGUCAACUUUAUCCCUCUUGGAAUUUGAAAAGUGCAGGGAAGAGUUUAGGAAACAGAUCAAAUAUGGUGGAUCAAUAUAUUCCGACUUUCCGAAGCUCGCAUCCGAUUUGCCGUACUUUCAUAUAAGUGACGAGUAUCGGGCCUUCUCGCCCAAUGGCUUGCAUUUAAUUAUCUGUGUUCAUGGUUUGGAUGGGAAUUCCGCCGAUCUGAGACUGGUUCGCACAUACUUGGAGCUAGGAUUACCUGGUGCUCACUUGGAGUUUCUUAUGUCUGAGAGGAAUCAAGGUGACACCUUUUCGGAUUUCGACACUAUGACCGACCGACUUGUUGCUGAAAUCCUGUAUCAUAUUGAAACUUGUGGAUUGAAUCCAAACAGAAUAUCGUUUGUGGCUCAUUCGCUAGGAACAAUCAUCGUCCGAUCAGCUCUUGCAAGACCACAAAUGCGGCCACUUCUGCCUAGGCUGCAUACGUUCUUAUCACUGUCUGGUCCGCAUCUAGGAACGCUAUAUAACUCUAGUGGACUUGUUAAUAUGGGAAUGUGGUUCAUGCAAAAAUGGAAAAAAUCUGGCAGCCUUUUACAAUUAUGCCUUCGUGAUGCCCCCGAUUUACGUCAAAGUUUCUUAUACCGACUAAGCCAACGCAGCACUUUGCAUCAUUUCAAAAAUGUCCUGCUUUGUGGAUCGAGUCAGGAUCGCUAUGUUCCGCCUCAUUCAGCUCGUUUGGAACUGUGCAAGGCAGCUAUACGUGAUAAUUCAAAUUUAGGAAGUGUUUACAGGGAAAUGGUCCACAAUAUAAUCGCACCAAUGUUAGCUAGACCCGAGCUUCGUUUAGCCCGUUUCGAUGUUCAUCAUGCCCUCCCUCACACAGCAAAUGCGCUCAUCGGUAGAGCAGCCCAUAUUGCUGUCCUUGAUUCUGAACUAUUUAUUGAGAAAUUUCUCCUUGUUGCCGGACUUAAGUAUUUUAGCUAGCUGGAGUUUAUCAGUACGUACGGAAACUGUGUGGUUUUUAAUUGUAUAUUGUUCUUGUAAUUUUUACUCUGACGGAAUCCUUACUAGAUUUAGUAACCUACGAAAAAAAUAAAUUGUUAAAAUUAAAAAAAUUCAAGGAACUGAAACUAAUCAGAUAUUAUAUGUAUAGUGAAGAGAUGUAUUGGACUUUAUCUACGAAUAUUUAAAAAGGAACCACAUCAAGCGCAGAAUGCUUGAGAAGCUAUUGUUAAGCAUGAACCUUAAUUUUAAAGAAGAUGGGAAACUUGAACUUAUGGACAUUUGCUGUAAAUGGAACUUAUUAUGAUAAUUGCGUCAAUUAUUCAAUUCAUAAAAAUCUAUAAAACUAUUGAAUAACAAAAAAAAAAGAAAGGGAGAAAAUCAAAUAUGAAUGAGAGUAUUCCAACAUUCUCGACCAGUUCUGAUUGGUUUCCUCAGCAAGUUUAACUUGACACGCCAGUGAAUAUUAUAAGCAUAAAGAGAUAUAGGAGAAUACGGAACCACUCUAGCCCGACCGAGAAUCCUUUUUUACUCGGCUGAUACUAUAAGGAAUCUGCCCAACACCGACAUAUUAAAACGAGACGACCCCGCUUCUCAACGGAACAGAGAUUGAAGAAAAAGAGGAAGUGGCAGGAAAAAACCCAACUUUGGGCGACCCCUGAUAAGCCAUCGGUGUCAGCCCUUGACUGUACACUUCCACCUUCCCUAGGCUUCCAAAAAGCAACUUCCUUUGUAUUUUGCGUUAUCAAAAUGUCCCUCCCUCCCAAAGCACAGCGUAUCGAACUCUUAAAGUAUUGCCGUCAGACCUCUCCAUUCAAUAGCAUUUGGAUUCGCGAUAGCCUGUUCCUUGCCAUUCAAACUACCUAGAUGAACUUUUUUUUAUCUUUAUUACCGACUAUCGAGAACAGUAGUUCAACAGCAAGGGACAGCAUGCAGUAGCCAAAUUAGUGAAACCUUAACCUGUCAAUCUUGCUGUAUUCAUUUUUCCUUGCACUCUCCCCGCGGGAUUCCCAUUUGGUAUUAAGUCGCGGGGCUGGAUCAGAAUUUAUUCUGCGCUCGUGUUAACAUUCGUGUUUCUCUCGCCAUCCUGCCUGGCUGCAAUCACCUUUUCGAUUUCGGUCUAUAUCCGCUUUGCUUUCACCAUAUGUUCCAGUAUAUAUCCGGGUGUCAAGUGCCCCUCAGUUGUAGCUUCCAAUACAGCCCUUUGGACUGCGAAUCUCGGGCAAGGAAAGAAGACAUGUUCUGCGUCCUCUGCAAUAUUUGGGCACUUUGGGCAAUAUGGCCAACCAUCAUGCUCAAGAAUUGAGUUAGAUCGAAACCUACUUCGCCGUGGGGUCGCUUGAUCCAUUCCCGGAUAUACCAUAGGAUUCUGUAAUCCAGCGGCCUUCUUCUGACUCAUCCCACCUCUCCCGCCAUUCCCCGAUAGUUUCAGUUCUGCUGACGGCCAGGUGAUUCUCCGGUGAAAUACGCUCGAUCGUAAAGUCGCUGCCUUUCUUUCGCCAGAAUCUCAAUCGAGACCAUUCACUUUUUCUGCUGUAUUUUUUUAUUUUGCUGUAUUUUUCAGUCCAUUUACCCAUACUGGGGCUGCAUACAGUAGGAUCGAACUGACCACCUUCGAAAUAAGGAGGCCUUGAGCCACAUAUACUUGAUAGCAUUCUCGCAAUCAGUGCUCCGAUGUUAUAUGCCUUGGUUGUUGCACCCUCCACAUGCAAUCUAAAGUUUAGUCUCUGGUCAAUCAUAACGCCUAAGUGCAUAAGCCCAAACUCGGAAUGAAUUGUUUGUGUUCCAACUUUCCUCUUCAUGGACGUGCAUUUUCUCAGCGUGGUAAUAAGUACUACUUCCGUCUUAUGUUCUGCGAGCUGUAGACCAGAAUUCCCUAACCAGCAUUUAAUCUCAUAGACUGCUUCAUUUGCAUAAAACUCGACUUCUUCGAGGAGGCAUGCAAGAAUUGUCACACCAAUAUCAUCCGCAAAACCAAUGGAGGCCACACCAGUAAGAAAGUCUAGCGCCAGUACUC